CAAUUCCUCCAGAGUUUUAUUAGAAGUAUAGUCUUCAUUAACACAUAUACACAUUACAUCGUCAUGUUGUUUUUCCACAAAAUUGCGUACGAAAACAAAAUGAAUCCUCACGGAUAUGUUGUUUAAUUGAAAUCGAUUGUGUCGUAAUAGUGUAUCGCGUCGAAUGAAAACGAAUUAACUGUACAGGAAUUUUUUUAUUUUCAACAAAAUUCAAUUUCAUUUUGCAUUUAUUUGGCAAAAUGGCGGCUAGUCGGACUCGUAUUCCACAAUCAAAUAUCUCAUCAAUUUUAUCGAAAUUACACGGAGCCUUUUCGGACGCGUGCAGUCCGCAAAAAUUGUCCACUGACAAAAAGACGCUGGACAAAACGUGGAAAUUGAUGGAUAAAGUGGUGAAAUUGUGCCAACAACCAAAAAUGAAUCUAAAAAAUAGCCCUCCAUUCAUACUGGAUAUUCUGCCCGACACUUACCAAAGGUUGCGUAUGAUUUAUACGAAAUACGAGGAUCAGAUGCACGUUCUGCAUGCCAACGAACAUUUCAAUGUUUUCAUAAAUAAUUUAAUGCGAAAGUGUAAACAAGCAAUAAAACUGUUCAAAGAAGGCAAAGAGAAAAUGUUCGAUGAGAAUUCGCACUAUCGACGUAAUUUGACCAAAUUGAGUUUAGUGUUUUCUCACAUGUUAAGUGAAUUGAAAGCGAUAUUCCCCACUGGAAUGUUUGCCGGCGACCAGUUUCGGAUUACAAAAGCAGAUGCAGCGGAUUUUUGGAAAGCCAAUUUUGGCAAUAGCACACUAGUCCCAUGGAAAAUGUUUCGACAGGAAUUAUCGAAAAUACAUCCAAUUUCAUCUGGAUUGGAGGCAAUGGCAUUGAAAACAACGAUUGACCUAACGUGCAAUGACUAUAUAUCGAAUUUUGAGUUUGAUGUGUUCACUAGAUUAUUUCAGCCAUGGAGUACAUUGUUAAGGAAUUGGCAAAUCUUAGCCGUAACACAUCCCGGCUAUGUGGCGUUUUUAACUUACGAUGAAGUCAAGGCUAGAUUACAGAAAUAUAUACACAAAGCGGGCAGUUAUGUGUUUCGACUUUCGUGUACACGCUUAGGUCAAUGGGCAAUAGGUUACGUAACAGGCGAUGGUGAAAUUUUACAAACCAUUCCACAAAACAAGUCGCUGUGUCAGGCGUUACUGGAUGGUCAUAGAGAAGGUUUCUAUUUAUAUCCUGAUGGACGACCGGUGAAUCCAGACUUAUCGUUUGCUGUGCAAAGUCCAAUGGAGGAUCACAUUACUGUAACCCAAGAGCAAUAUGAGCUGUAUUGUGAAAUGGGAAGUACAUUUCAACUGUGCAAGAUUUGUGCGGAAAACGAUAAGGACAUUCGAAUCGAGCCGUGCGGACAUUUGCUGUGUACACCAUGUUUGACAGCAUGGCAAGUGGACUCGGAAGGACAGGGAUGCCCGUUUUGUCGAGCAGAAAUUAAAGGGACCGAACAGAUCGUUGUGGAUGCAUUCGAUCCUAGAAAGCAACAUCAUCGAAAUUCAGCCAAUGGCAGACAACAGAAUGUCGAAGACGAUGAUACAGAGGUAUAGUUUGUGUUCGGGGAUUGUCUCAUCUUAGCUUAAGGCAUUUUUCAUGCGUUUUUGUUUUUUGACAUUUUUUUUUUAAAUUCAAAUUUGCAAAGCGAUUGGUUAUCUUGGUAUUUAUACUUAGACGGUAUAAAAAUUGAACUUGUGUGGCACGAUUGGAGAAAUAAAGUUUUGUUCUAAUGCACGCUUUCAGCAGUCGUGUGCCAUUGUUAGUUUAAUGUGUUACGGUUGUCGAUUUUGAAUUCGAGGUUCCCAUCAAGAUUUCUUAAUUUGUAAAGCUAGAAGCAGCAUGUAGAUUGAGAAUCAAAAAAAUGACAAGAAAUUUGAAAUUUCAUUCCCGUCUUUCUGUUAUAACGGUUUCGUUCGGUUUCAAAAAGCUUCCACCCAAAGCUUCUAAUUUCAAAAAACCCUUCCAACGGUUUGGAAUUCACUGUAACAAAUUAGCUUGCAUGCCAGAAAUCAAUUCCAUUUCUGAAGGCCAAGUUUUUUGUUUAACUUAACUUGCAUUGAGUCGUCUUUAAAACAAUCAAUGAAUCAAAUGUUCUCGCAGCGAUUCAUUUUUGAAUUAACACGGAUGAAAGUUGUCUAUUUUUUCAUGAGACGCAGUUCAUAGUCCAAUAAAGCAUUCGCUAUCAAUCAAAAUAUUUCAACGAACUAACUUAAAAUUUCUAGACCGAAAUUUUGGGCGAAAAUAUUUCUUUAAAACGAUUUUUACCCGAAGAAUUGCCUAGUGCUUCACGGCAUAAUUUUAUUAUUUAUUUCCCUAAACAUUCGGUAAGUCUUCCGUACCUAAGUAAGCCGAUCGCUUUGCGCCAGCUUUUUGAAUUCGAUUAAAAAUUGGUUUGCCAGAAAAGAAAAUCUGAUUUUGUUUUUGGAAUUGCAAAAAAUGCCUGCCAAGUAAUGUUACGUGCUACAAUCACAAACGUUUGUUAGAUCUAUACACAAAAUUGCUAAAAACAUUUCUGUAUGACAACAGUAUUAGUUAUUAGGAAAAAGAACAUUCAAAAUGACAAAGCCAUUCAACAAUCGAAAAUCUCUGCUGCUUGACACACUACAAAGUGUUGAGUGUUUUUAGCAGUCGCUUGUUAUAAUAUACAUAAAGUGAAUCUCGAAUGCAGUAAGAACACUGCCGUAUUGGUUGAAAUCGUGGCCAGAAUAAUCGAGAAGAUUUUCUGCGAGCUUUUCUCCUCCUCUUGACUUUGAGAACUAUGAUUCGAUAGAAACUGAAAAGCUCUCAUAAAUGCUUAUGAAUGGCUCUGAAUCAGUGGUUUCUUUAGUAAAAAUGUAUGAAUCAACAAAUCAAGUUAAAAAUAAUUUAAAAAAAAGAACCGUUUUAUGCACUGCGAACACCUAGCAACAAUUGAGUUUUCUUGACGAAUUGCAUUGUCAUUUUCGAAUCAUAACAUUCGUCAUCUUGAUAGCGGUAUUUUUUCCUGGUAACGGUCAAUUAUAGGUGAAAAUACCACCUGUGUACCACCGUUUCCGACAAAAAUUACUGCCUUCUAACACAACAAAAAAAUAAUCUCAUUCACAUUCACAAAAACAAAAUAUUUAUCAAGUAAUAUAAAAAAAACAACACAUCCAAAUAAGCACUUAGAUAGUAACGUUCAAUUUAAAGAUCAUUUUUUUAAUCCUUCGAAUCACAUUGAUUUUUUUAAGUUUGUUUCUUCUUUUCGCCACUUAUCAAAUACUUAAUUCAUCUCCGUUUCAUAUUUUCGUAAUUUAAUUUAAUUUAUUUUAAUUAUUAUUUAUUUUGUGUGAAAUAAUAUUCCGCUGUCUCCGCCGAUUUAUCAUUCGGAUGCGUCAAUGCUUUGGAUAAUUGGUUGUGUUUGCCGUAUGUUUUCAAAUGUAGAGAGGGUUGUAGAUGGAACAUUCGUCUCAGUUCUCAGUUGAUUGAAAAUGUCAAAAGUUGCGAAUGGCAGGAAUUUUAAAACUACAAAUUUCAAGAUUAGGAACUUCUCAGAUGAAAUUGUACCUUUUGUGUCGCACUUUGAGCAAGACAUGGAAAUUUUCGAAGAUGUCUUUUUAUAGAAAAAAGGACCUGACGUUCUAUUCCAGAAUUACUGUCCAUUUAUUCCUUACAAUUUUCAGUUAGUCAAAUUUCAAAAGAACUGCUUCAAUUUUCUGUUACAUGCCAAAACUUUCUUUAAAAAAAACGCCAUCGUUCCAUCGUCCCCCAUCCUUACGUCAUAUUCAACAAAGUUUUUAAGAAUACUUUCCUAAACGGACUUAUGAACAAAGAAAUAAGAUAAGAAACCACUUACGAAGAUGAAGAAGUGCCUGGAUCUCUGUUGUUUUGACGAUUGGGAUGUUUAAUGUUCGAGACGAUGGUGAGGAGUAUUGUAGUCCGACUAUAAUACAAUAUAUAAUAAAUUGAGAAUACAAUUUUUUCGAUGGUCUUAGCAUCUUAAAAACGAUACGCUGAACUAUAAGAAAACAUUUGGCUGACACAAACUGGUACGGCGAAGCAUUAGCAUCUCGAACUGUUUGCUAGAUUAUAUUUUCGAUGUGGAUACUAAAUUAAAGGUCAGUUAUACGAAUGGAUCAAAAAAAAAAAAAAAGAAAUCGAAAGAAAAAUGUAAAUCGCAAACCCGCUCUGAAUUUUGUUAUUAAAAAUGUUUCGGAAAAUAUUUUAGUUUUUUGUUUGUUUCGGAAUGAGUUUGAAAAAAAUAUGUAAAUCUGGACCUUGAGUAGUAAAAAUUAGUGUAAUUGAGAAAUUUAAGUGAUAUAUUUUUUGGUCGGACGGAUGCGUCAUUAUAUAUUUGUUAGGAGCGCAAACAAAUUUUUUUUUAUAUUUUUAAUUUUGAAAAAAUAUUUUUUUUAAUUUAAAUAAAAGUUUUAAUUGUAAAACACGAAAAAAAAA